GUACAAAAACGCAUCCUCUCUUCAUUUCCGUUUCUGUAAUUUUCGAAAUCCCCUUUUCAGUUCUCGAAACCUUCUGAAAUCCCAUUCUGAGAGAGAGAGAGAGAGAGAUGGCAGUUCGAUUCCACCAGCAGAAUCUCAUAUCUUCAAGAUCUUCAAAUUCAUACUAUUCAUAUAAAGCUGUUGGAAUUCAUUUUUUCUGCAAGGAAGUGCUUGAUCUAAACAACCUACAAUCUCUCAGUAAUUCAAAGAGGAGGUGCCAUUUGAGGCAUGAAUUGUCAGAGCAUGAUAAACACAAUCAAAUGUGCCGGUCGCUAUUAUUUAGAAAACAUCACCCCACCUUUUGUAAAGCUAGAAGGAUGCUGCGCCUCUCCCCGCUAGCUUCCACUGAUGAUGGUAUAACAGUCAAUGGAACUGCCCAAGCAAGUUCCAGCAGCGACCUGGAGGAAAUGAAGGUCAAACUUAAUCAGUCUUUGCAAGGUGAAGAUAUUAGCAAUGGACUAAUCCAGUCCUUACACGAUGCUGCACGGGUUUUUGAGUUGGCCAUUCAAGAACAUGGAUCAUCUAAGAGCUUUUGGUUUUCGAAGGCAUGGCUCGGUGUAGACAAGAACGCAUGGGUGAAGACAGUUUCCUAUCAGGCUGCCGUGCAUUCUUUAUUGCAAGCCGCCUCUGAAAUUUCCUCACGAGGAGAUGGAAGGGACAGAGAUAUUAAUGUUUUUGUACAACGGAGUUUAUCACGGCAAUCUGCUCCAUUGGACACCUUAAUCAGGGAUGAGUUAUCCGCCAAGCAACCAGAAGCUUAUGAAUGGUUUUGGUCUCAGCAACAUCCUGUGGUUGUGACAACUUUUGUUAAUUAUUUUGAAAGGGAUCCACGCUUUACUGCUGCUACAACUGUAUGCUGGCAAGGAGUGUCUUCGAGUUCAGGCAGUGCUAGUGAUCCGUCACUCCUGAUACUUGCAUUGAGCUGCAUGGCUGCAAUCACAAAGCUCGGUCCAGCAAAAGUUUCUUGCCCACAGUUUUUCUCCAUGGUCCCAGAUAUAACUGGCAGAUUUAUGGACAAGUUUGUUGAGUUUGUUCCAAUACGCCAAACUUAUUACUCUAUGAGGGAUAUUGGUCUGCGUAGAGAAUUUCUUGUCCAUUUUGGUCCUCGAGCUGCAUCUUGUAGAGUUAAAAAUGAUCGUGGGAUUGAAGAGAUUGCUUUCUGGGUGGAACUUAUACAGCAACAACUGCAACGAGCUAUUGAUAGGGAGAAAAUAUGGUCAAGGCUUACCACAUGCGAAAGUAUUGAGGUAUUGGACAAGGAUUUGGCAAUAUUUGGGUUUUUUGUUGCCUUGGGAAGAAGCACGCAGUCCUUUUUGUCUGCAAAUGGCUUUAAUGUUGUAGAUGAACCUAUUGAAAGCUUCAUCAGGUACCUCAUUGGGGGAAGUGUAUUAUAUUAUCCUCAGCUGUCAUCCAUAAGCUCGUACCAACUAUACGUGGAGGUGGUUUGUGAAGAGUUGGAGUGGCUUCCUUUCUAUCCUAGUAAUUCAGAUGCCUUGAAGAAAUCUCAUGAAAAGAAGGAAAAACAAGAAAUUCUUCCCAAUCGGGAGGCUAUUCCCAAAGUAUUAGAUGUAUGUUCUUAUUGGAUGCAAAGCUUUAUUAAGUACAGUACAUGGCUUGAGAACCCUUCUAAUAUCAAAGCAGCAAAAUUUCUUUCUAGAGGACACAACAAGUUAAGGGAAUGCAUGGAAGAAAUAGGGAUACGAAAGAGUGAAAUGAGAGAAGAUACUGUACAGUAUCCAGGUGAUAGGGUUGGGCCUGGAACUUAUUCAUCAACAGACAAAGAGCUAGAUUCUUUUGAUGAGGCAUUGGAGAAUGUUGAUGAAGCUCUAAGAAGAUUGGAAGAAUUGCUUCAAAAGAUGCAUGUUUCCAGCUCCAAUACUGGAAAGGAACAGUUAAAAGCUGCUUGUUCUGACCUUGAGAGGAUAAGGAAGCUUAAAAAGGAAGCAGAGUUUCUUGAGGCAUCUUUUAGAGCAAAAGCAGCUUCACUUCAGCAGGGAGAGGAUGACAGUCAUUCACAGUCUUCUAUCAGUAAGAAGAGGCAGCACUUGAAGAGAAAAACUGGAAAAGGUUCUAUUCCGAUGAAUGAUGGUUAUGAUGGAGAUAGGAGCCCUUCAAACAGGGUAAUCAGCAACUCUAUUGGUUUAUGGAGGUUCUUUGUGCCACAUUCAACUAAAAAGGCAGAGCCUCAAUCAUCAAUGAUGGAUCAAAAAAAAGAUGAAAAAUGUGAACAGACAACUACCAGUGCCAGUAUGUGUAUUGCUGACUCAGAAUCAAAUGAGAUUCGCCGCUUUGAACUCUUAAGGCGUGAGCUAUUCGAACUAGAGAAACGAGUUCAAAGAAGUACUGAUGGAAGUCAGAAUGAGGAGGAAAAUAAUCUUGCAGAUGACGGUGUCGACUAUGAUGCAGCUGCAGCAGGUCAUACAAUAGUACAGGUGCAUAAGAAAGAAGGCUUCAUUGGCAAAUCAAUUGAAAAGCUAAAAGAAACUAGCACGGAUGUUUGGCAAGGAACUCAACUCUUAGCUAUUGAUGUAGCAGCAGCGGCAGGGCUGCUUAGACGAGCCCUCAUGGGAGAUGAGCUUACAGAGAAAGAAAAGAAAGCUCUUCAGAGAACUAUAACUGACUUGGCAUCUGUAGUUCCUAUUGGCAUUCUCAUGCUUCUUCCUGUUACAGCAGUUGGGCAUGCAGCCAUACUGGCAGCCAUCCAAAGAUACGUACCUGCUCUGAUUCCCUCGGCAUAUGCACCGGAGAGGUUGGAUCUCUUGAGGCAGCUUGAGAAAGUGAAGGAGAUGGAGAUGGGCGAGACAAGCCCUGAGGAUGGUGCAGAGGUGAAUUGCUUGAACCAAAACAGUGUGGACAACUUGUGACCCCUUGAACCAGCAGUUCAACAACAGACGGGCGUAGAGAAGCUCAUUCCACGUGUCGGGCACUCCCGGAAGGCACCAAUGGCUGCAGUCUUCCACAAGCGCAAUCCGCCUUGCAGUCUCCCGAUGAAUCGAAGGGUGGCCAUCUUUCCUAAACUCUGUAAGAUAUGUUAUAUUUAGGAACUCAACCUUUCUUUUUGAAUUCCUCAUCUCUUUGAUUGUUUCCGAAAUGAAUUGGUUAUUCCAUGACUCGGUUUCGAGUUCCAAAUAGUUGGUUUCCGGUGCCUUAAAAGAACUACAACUACCGUUGCCAUC